AUGAAAAGGGAUGCAUUGCAAUGCUUGCGCUUGAGACAAGGAGUCACAGCAGCCUCAUCGCGCUCAUGCUCCUCACUCUCUGAACGCCUAAACCGGGAAUUGACAACACGGAAGCUUCCUCUAUUCUAUGAUUACCUAUAUCCCCAGCCGUCUCAUUUACUAAAUCUGACAUUAACUGAUCUGUUCCCAAAUCAACAGCCAUUUGCGCUGGAGAGCAGGACUCUUCCCUCAAUUGAGACCACGCGUCAUAUGGCACCAGGCCAUCACUUGGUCUAUUUUCCUCCUCAAGUUACACUUUCCCAGGUACUACCUGAUGGUACUGAUAUCUUACAUAGCCCCGGAGCCCCAUUCAACAGGCGUCUAUGGGCGGGCGGGAAAGUAAGGUUUCCGACGCUGAGUGGCCCGCUUCUAGAUGGCAGUAGAGCUGUAUGCCUGGAAACGAUUCGUGGCGUGACGGUCAAAGGCCUAGAAGGAGAGGAGAAGAUUGUGGUCAGCAUCGAAAGGAGGAUGGGCGUCGUGAAAGAACGGGAGGAGGAGCACAAAAUAAGAGAGAGAAUAUGGACAGAGAACGAGGAAGAAAACGGACAGGCCUCGGUCAUUGAGACUCGGAAUUUGAUCUUUAUGCGUGAAAAGACUCAGGAACAGCUCGAAAAAGAAAAAAAGAAUUUUGAGGAAAAUAAGAGGAACAUUAAAUGUGCGCUUCGCUUCGAUUCGUGUUAUGGGAAUAGGAUGAUACUGACUCUCCUGCUUCUGUCCAAAGCUCCCUCAGAUGCCGAAUUUUGUCAAAAAAUAAGACCAAACAAGUCCUUGCUCUUUCGGUUUUCGGCUCUCACAUUUAAUGCCCAUUUGAUUCAUCUCGACAAAACUUACACCCAACAAAUCGAAGGUUACCGGAACCUUCUUGUACAUGGUCCUUUGACUCUGACCUUGCUGCUUACGGCCAUGCAAGGGCAUCUACAAUCCCGGCAUUUCAUAAAGGAUAUUGAAUAUAGAAACUUGGCUCCACUUUACGUUGACGAGGAGUUGACAGUCUGCGGUAAGCCGAAGAUUGGCAGAAGGACUGGUGCAUGGGACGUGUGGAUUGAAGGUUCUCAAGGAGGUCUUGCCGUGCGAGGCACCGUGCAAACAGGAGCUGUAUAG